AUACCUGUCCAACAACCCUCACUGACGGCCCUAUCUGUAGUCCAAUAAAACCGACUUUAGUCUUUAGACUUUAGUCCAAGAACGAUCACAUCAAACCACACAUAGUGGAGAAAUAUUGAAGAGCCAUUUGCGUCGUACAAAUUUUAAAGACAUGAGGGCGUUGUGGCCGAAGAGGCUGUUUAUUGUCAUAGCUAGUGUAGGAGCAGUGCUUUUUGUAAUAAAUACAAGAGAACGUGGAAACACUGGAGUGACAGAAGCGCAGCGAAAUAACGGAGACUUUGACUCGGAGAUCUUGAAAAAACUUGAUGAAUUGGACGCCAGCAUUAAGGAGCUCAACAAACGAUUGCAUGAAAAGGAAGAAAAGGUGGAGGAGAAAGCUGAGGAGAAAAAGGCAGAAGGAAAACAGGAGCAGAAGGGGUUAAAAAAACUGUUCCCUGAGUCGUACCUCUUUCAGAAGUGGGGCGAUCAUUUGUCAGAAGAGGAGCAAAAGGAAGCUCAAUCGUUGUACGAAAGAUAUGGAUACAAUGUGUUUCUGAGUGACAGGCUUCCACUGGAUAGGAAUCUCUCUGACACAAGGAACCCCAGAUGUCAAAAGAAGAAAUAUCCCAAAGACCUUCCUUCACUCAGUGUGGUGCUGAUUUACCUGGAUGAAGCUCUGUCAGUGAUAAAGAGAGCAAUUCGCAGCAUCAUAGACAGAACACCUGCUCACCUCCUGAAGGAGAUCGUGCUUGUGGACGACAACAGCUCAAAUGAGGACCUGAAAGGGAAGCUUGAUGAUUACAUCCACCUGAUCCAUGAGAAGCACCCAGGGUUGGUGAAGACAGUGAGACACAGUGAACAGAUGGGCCUGACACAGUCACGGAUUUCUGGGUGGAAAGCCUCUACAGCUGACGUUGUAGCCAUUUUGGAUGCCCACAUAGAAGUUACUGUGGAAUGGGCUGAGCCACUGCUUGCAAGAAUAAAAGAAGAUCGCACUGUGAUCGUGUCCCCUGUGUUUGACAGAGUGAAUUUCGACAAUUUGGAAGUCAUUCCUUACAUUGCCGCUGCUCAUGGCUUUGACUGGGCUCUGUGGUGCAUGUAUGAGUCCUUCCAGCCCAAUUGGUACAAACUAAUGGACGAAUCCCUUCCAGGAAAAAGCCCCUCUGUUAUGGGAAUUCUUGUUGUAGACAGAAUAUUCUUCGGAGAAAUUGGCACUUUAGAUGGUGGAAUGAAAAUCUACGGUGGAGAAAAUGUGGAGCUGGGAAUCCGUGUGUGGCUGUGUGGGGGCAGUAUUGAGAUUGUGCCGUGUUCCAAGAUAGCUCACAUUGAGAGAGCACACAAACCCUAUCUGCCUGACCUCAGCAUCACCAUGAAGAGGAACGCACUGCGAGUGGCUGAAGUGUGGAUGGAUGAGUACAAGACCAACAUUAAUGUUGCUUGGAAUCUUCCAAUUAAGAACCAUGGAAUUGACAUUGGGGAUGUCUCUGAAAGAAAGAAGCUCAGGGAAAAGCUGAACUGUAAGCCCUUCCAGUGGUAUAUAGACAACGUCUACCCUAAGCUGGACCAUUGGGAAGACCUUGUUGCUUAUGGGGCUAUGAAGAACACUGUGAAAGAGAAUGUUUGUAUCGAUCAGGGGCCUGUUCCUGGACAUGUACCUAUUGCAUAUGGAUGUCACUACUAUGGUCCACAGCGAGUAUACAUCCGUAAACACGGUGAAGUUUACAUUGGAGGUAUUAAGUCUCACAAAUACAACAACAACAGAUGUCUGGUUGACCCACGUACAGGCAGUACCCCGGGCCUGUAUGAGUGCAAUGUGGCAAAACAAAAAGGCUAUAGCAUCUACUGGGACUUUAAGCAGGGGAAGGCCUUGGCCAACAAAGAAACGCAUAGAUGUCUUGAAGUUGAAAAGGGAGCACUUGUGAUUCAGAACUGCACAGGUCAAGGCUGGGAAAUUCAGCACAUUAUUACAGACCUCUAAUGGACACACAGCAGUUGUUGAUGGCUAUCGAUAUUGGAUGAAUUGUGCACCACAUGUCUAAAAGAGGGGUAUCUAAGAAUAUUACUUCAUGGAACUUUUGGGAUAAAAUGUUUUGUUUUAUAAGAAAAAAAAGAAAAAAGCUAUUUUUAUCGAUGGUGUUUGUCCAUUCAUUUGGCCACAAAACGGUUUUUAUGUACUGUUUUAUUUUCUAGUCAACUUUUAGCAUCUCCUGUAUAUUGUGGGUUUCAGGUACAUGAUGUCCCACAAUCUCCUUAUUAAGUCUAUUUACUGUAUAUACUCUAUAUCACAAAAAGGUCACAGAGGUUAACUACCAGUGUGGCUGAGGAAAGGGAAAAACACAAUUAGUGGCCACACAGUACACUACCACAAUACAAGGUGUGACCCAAAAAGAAAAAGAAUUAGAAAAGAGAAAAUGAGAAGAUUGGGAAAGAUAGAUGAAGGGAGCAGAAAAAAAAGGGAUUUCAAUACAAAAGAAUCUCUUUGUGAAGGAAAACUUUGGUCAGGGUUUUAAGUGGAUUCAUUGGUGCUAAAACCAAGAGCUUUAAACAAUGAUGACUCUUAUGGCAAAGUUUAGGAAUUGCUUCCAAUUAGACAAAACCAGGUGUCUGGCCAGUAAAGGGAAACGUGUAAGUAUUGAGACAGGUGAUAUUUUUGCUGUGCAUUACUGAAAUUUGUAUAUCAGAUCAAUAGAUAAAUGUGAGACAAAAGAAUAGAAUGUCAGCUUUUAUUUAUGGUUUAUUUUGUAAAAACAUGUUAAGCCAUGUUAGAAUAACAAUGUUUUGUUCGGAAUUUCAGGUCAGCAUAAGAAUUGAGAAAAAUCUAUUAAAAGUACUGUACUGUUCA